CACACAUGCAUCAGAGUACUUGCAGAGAGAAGAUAUGGAUCUCACAUCAGGAGUUACUGCCAUUCAGGAUCUAAAAGCAACAAUGACAUCUUAUCGCAGUGAUCAACAGUUCGACCUAUUUCUAGAGGAAGCUAAUUCAUUAGCUGAAAAAUGUGGUAACGAAGUGCUUCAUGGUAGUUUUACUUUUAAUGAUUGCAAUCCAACAGCGUUGCAAUCCAAGCGUCGCCGAACACUACCUGCUCAUCUCGCUGAUGGCCAAAACAUUCUAGAUAUGCCUAACCUACGAUGCAACCGACCAGAUGGUGAAUCAGAGCUGGAGUGUUUUAGACGAGAACUUUACUUGCCGUUCUUGGACAGGAUUCUACGAGAGCUGAACAAACGCUUUUCGGAAAAAGCAUGCGAAAUGAUGACUCUUGCCGCAACAUUCCAUCCACGAAACCUUGCUGAAGAUAAUGCUCCUAAAGUUGAGAAGAUUGCCCAGUUCUACAAGCUUAGCAGCAAUCGUGUCGGGCAACAAUUCCUCCUAUUUUCGAAAUCGAAGCAAUGUAACGACUGGAAGAUUGCAUACGAGCAUCAUAUCAGCGAACAGAAGAAAAGAAAAGAGAAAGGGUCCACAAGAAGGUUUCCAUCUUGGAUUUGCUUGCCCUCCUUGCUCGAAGUUUUCAGCAAAGAUGAUCUGCACCAUCUUUAUCCCAACUUGUUUGAGGUCAUCAAGAUUGUCGCUACCUUGCCUGUGACAGUGGCAUCAUGUGAGCGCACACACAGCAAGGUCAAAAUAAUAAACAAUUAUUUGCGAGCUGCUAUGUCACCUGAUAGACUCGAGGACCUUGUCCAGAUUAGCAGCGAACGAGAUCUAGCCAACAGAAUUGAACUUAGCAAAUUAGUGGAAAUAUUUAAGCUUGCAAAACCUCUUAAGCUUCUCUUGUAAACAGCUUUAACGAUUACAUAGAUUAGCCAUUAUUAUUCUACCUAACAGUUAUUUCCAUUUGUAUUUAAAAUAUAAAAUUAUGUUGUCUUCACGUUUUGUGGAUGUAGCAAUUCCUUUAGGUUUAGUUUAGUUUAGUUUAAUAACUUUGUUGCUUUAGAAGAAAAACCAUACACACUUGCAUCAUCCAAGCACUACUAUAUAUACUGCUAAAUACAAGAAUGUAGUAAUUAGUUAAAAAAACAACUGGUGGCCAAACAGGGCAUUGCCCCAAUUGAACAUGACUGUAAUACUAUAUUUUCAGAUCUUAUAUAUAGUCAUGAAAAAAUCGUGUUUUGUUUACUUUAUAAUCUUCGGAAUUCUGUAUAAUCUUACCCUGAAAAUGCAGUAAAUCGUAUUUCAGGGUCUCUAGAUUUCAAAAAUUUUCCGGGGGGCAUGCCCCCGGACCCCCCUAGAAAUGUCUCGCGCCUUCACCGCUCGAAAAUCCCCCCCACUUUUAAGAGGCUGGCGCCGCCACUGGAGCGUUGGGCUAGUAUUCCAAAGGUCGUAGGUUCGAUUCCCACCGUGGCCAGGCAUAUUUUUCAAGCCUGCCCGGUGUGGAUAUACACUCAGAGUAACAUCACACAAGCAUAGAUAAUGUUAUUCUAAUGAGUUUCACUAGUUUCAUUAUAUUGUUAUUCUAAUGAGUUUCACAGCCAUCUUCCCUUCGAUAUGCUAUGGCUAAAUGAAAGUUCAAAUGCUGGUUAACAGAACUGAAAUGUUGUAGACCAUGACGUAUUUCAAUACAUCGAAAUCGCCCUGCCUCGUAUCUCAUCCUGGCAAAGCAGGAUCAUAUAAACAGACCCUUUUUCAGCAAAUUGCACAUGGUGGCUUUGAUCCAUUGUGGAUGAGGCAGCAGUUUCCUUGCGAUAGUAACUUCUAGUUUAAUUAAUAUUAAAGCUGGAUUCUUUCACCGUGAUGUCAUGCCAAAAGGUGUCUUUUCUAUUCUCAAUAACUUUGGUCAAACUUCAGACCAAACUUCUACGCACUGUUACUUAUUUAGUAGUUUUAACUGGCCAUCACUUUUAAAACAGCAAGAAGAUAAAGACAACGUGUACGUGUGAGUUAUCCAUGAAAUAAAUAGUUGGUUUACAAAAUGAAUUCCGUCUUCGUGGAUAAAAUCAGUAAUGAGUUAUAAAUAAUCUCUCCUGUAGGGAUUUCCCCGGCAAUUGAUAAAACUAGAAUAGUGAAGCGAAUAGUGCGAAUAGUCGACGAAUAGUACGAAUAGUCUGCGAAUAGUCGACGAAUAGUGCGAAUAGUCCGCGAAUAGUCGACGAAUAGUGCGAAUAGUCCGCGAAUAGUCGAGAGUUAUAAAUAAUCUCUCCUGUAGGGAUUUCCCCGGCAAUUGAUAAAACUAGAAUAGUGGCGAAUAGUGCGAAUAGUCGACGAAUAGUACGAAUAGUCUGCGAAUAGUCGACGAAUAGUGCGAAUAGUCCGCGAAUAGUCGACGAAUAGUACGAAUAGUCGACGAAUAGUGCAAUAGAGACUUUGCAAGGCUUUCCACCGUGCUGCAGAACUAAAUUUACCGGGGCGGGGGGGGGGAGGCUCUAUUGACAAACAUGAAAUCGUGAAAACAUUCGUUGAUGUCAAUGACGUCAUACGUAAUCGGUAAAAAUUACGGGACCACUGAGUUUUAACAAAUAUUUAACAGGAAGUAGAAUGACAAUCACUAGAAUGACGUUUUCCACUGGGCGAAUUUGUUCGCGCGAAGCAACAAGUAAAAGAGUAGGCUGAUCCAACUUUUUCGCGGCGAAUUUUGUCGUUGACCAAUCACAUUGCCGAAAUUUGGUUUUCGCUUCGCGCGAACAAAUUCGCCCAAAAACGGGCUUAAAUAAUAAAUCGAUACCUUCUCUUGUUUCGUGAUGUAAAUCACGUUUUCCAAGCACACGAAAUCACUUAAGCCCUUAAAUCUUCAGUUACAACGUCACAACUUACAAGUAAAAUUCCUAUAAAAUUCCAUCAGUAAAAUUCAUGACUCGCUCAUAUGGUUACCACUUACCAUCAGGAAUGAUUAUAAAUUUAAAAAAUAUGAAAUAUAUUUCCUGACGAUGACUGAAUUUUAGUCGAAACACGUUGGUCAAAUUUAGCAAAAUUUCUUCCACUCGUGCGGGCUCGUAUUGUCAGCGGACAUCUUACAGAAAGUGGGCAGUUCUGUGCAAAAUGCAAAAGUUUCAAUUUUUCACAACAAGUUCGCUGAAAAUGCGAGCCUGCGAUACUGGGAGAAAAUUUGCUGAAUAUGACCAGCGGGAAAGCUACAAUAUUAAAAUGUUUAUUUUCGAAGUUGCCGUUGUUUUAUAUUUUAUUAAAAUACUCGGUGGUUCCCAUAAUUUUUACCGGUUACGUAUGACGUCAUUGACGUACGUCAACGAAUGUUUUCACGACUUCGUGUUUGUCAAUAGAGCCCCCCCCCCCGGUAAAUUUAGUUCUACAGCACUGCUGCAAAGCCUUGGAAAGCCUCUAUUGCACUAUUCGUCGCCUAUUCGCGGACUAUUCGUACUAUUCGUCGCCUAUUCCCGGACUAUUCGUACUAUUCGUCGACUAUUCGCGGACUAUUCGUCGACUAUUCGCACUAUUCGCUUCACUAUUCUAGUUUUAUCAAUUGCCCUCUCAAACAUGGGCGAGGCAGUACCCCGAAAAUGGCGGGAAAAUCGGCCGUGAAAAAGGCUAAUUGACGUUCGCUGUCGAAAAUUACUUGCAAGGACUGAAUACGGAAAUCCAAACUCAUAUCUAGUAUUCCCCUUUAUGUAGUUCAUCGUCAUCUUCUUCGACACACGAAAUUGAAACGAAUAUGCCCAGUGGAUCACGGGACAGUAUUCGGACAAACCAAUCUCAACCGGAAGACAAAACUGUAUCUACGCCUGUAGAACAUGCAAAUGAAAGCCGGGAGAGUGUGACGAGAUCAAAUACAGCGAAAACUGUUCCAAAGUGGUUUAAAUUAGGUAAGUGGGUUUUGUAAAUGGAAAACGGCAGGUUCGAUUUCUGCCAGAGGGCUUAUAGUUGCAUUUUUCACAACUGCUCCUGGUUAGAUCUAAAUAAACAUAAAAUAUACUCUCGAAAUUUCCAUCUACAAGAUUAAAUUUCCAUCUACAAGAUGCUUAAAGGUGAUCUACAGUCCGUAUGUAAACAAAGGCUUUGUUUACAUUUUUGUGUUCAAAAUAUUGAGCUUUAUUCGACAACUAUUUAUAUUUUGAAGCUUCUAGAGUAUAAUAAAUGAUCAAGAAACAACAAUCAGGCUUUUCAAGAACUCAAAACAUAGUUAAACUGUUUGUAUCAUAAAAAGUGGGCUCAUUUGUGCACAUGCGCAGAUCGGACUGUAGUGUGACUAACCCCAUAUAUGAUUUUUGGUAUGUGUAAUAUUUGGGUCAUUCUAAGAAGAAAUGUAAUAUAUCUUUAUAGUAAAAAACCUCAUCUUGAUCAACUUUUUCCCUGUCAAAGUUUCCAGAUAUGAUGUCAUUAGGUGAAUUUUUGGUACAAAAAACAAAGCAAAACUAAUUUGCAAUUCACCUAAUGACAUCAUAUCCGGAAACUUUGAUUGUGAAAAAGUUGAUCAAGAUGGGAUUUUUUAUUAUAAAGAUACAUUACAUUUCUUCUUCGAAUUACCCAAAUAUUACAAAUACAAAAAUCAUAUUUGGCGUUAGUCACACUUUCAAUAUUUCAGUUCAAUCGUGUCAACCCCACUCCCCCACAGGAACAUUUGCAUAAUUUUGAUUGUUUGUUUUUUAGGCAAAUGA